CUAAACAUUAGCACUCCUUAAAAGAGUUUAAUAGUUUGAUUAGUUUAGCUUAGAAGCAAAACAAUAAUCAGCCUUGUUUCUUCCCAAGUCUCAACCAGUCAAUCUCUCUCCUCACCAUCUUAUUAGCAGUGCGCGUCUUGAACUAGCAGCAUCUGCUUCAAUUUUUGACAACAAACCCUAAUUUUACUCACUUCGUUUAAUUUUUUGGUAAACUCCAUUGAUAUAUGUUGUCUGAAUUUCUUUGCUGUUUUGAUUAGUUCGCCAUUUCUGACCAUUCAUAAACCUCAAAAAAUGGCGCGGAAAAAGAUGGAAAUACGAUCAAAAACAACGAAAUUGCAAUUAGUUUGGCCAUUCUUCUUCAUCCUUUUCAUCCAUUGCAUCGCCAUUUUUCUCUUCACUCGAGGAUUUCUUCUCACUCGCACUGAACUUCCUCAUUAUAGCAAUUGCUCCGAUAUUUCUCACUCUUCUUGCUUCGAUUCAUCAUCUGUCUCUUCUUCUUCUUCUUCUUCUCCUUCGUCUUCGUCUUCUAGUCAAGAGAGUAAUGCGACUUGUUGGACUAAACCUGCUAUUGAUCGUCUUGUCAUUAUCGUUUUCGACGCGUUGAGGUUUGACUUUGUUGCUCCGAGUAGCUUCUUUCCAGAGAAGAAACCGUGGAUGGACAAGUUACAAGUAAUACAAAAGCUGGCAGCUGAAGCGGGGUCAACAUCUAGGAUUUUCAAAGCCAUUGCUGAUCCUCCUACAACUAGUUUACAACGUCUGAAGGGCUUGACAACGGGUGGAUUGCCAACUUUCAUAGAUGUGGGAAAUAGUUUUGGUGCUCCUGCAAUUGUUGAGGAUAACUUUAUCCAACAGUUAGUGGAAAAUGGAAAGCGAGUUGUGAUGAUGGGUGAUGAUACAUGGUUGCAGCUGUUCCCUCACCAUUUUGAGAAAUCUUUUCCCUAUCCCUCCUUUAAUGUGAAAGAUCUGGAUACGGUUGACAAUGGGUGUAUUAAGCACUUGAUUCCAUCUCUUCGUGAAGGAAAUUGGGAUGUGCUAAUUGCUCAUUUCCUUGGAGUGGAUCAUGCUGGGCACAUUUUUGGUGUCAACACAAUGCCUAUGAUACAAAAGUUGGAGCAGUAUAACAGUAUCGUAGAGGAUGUUGUUGAAGCAUUAGUGAGUCAGUCAGGGCCAGGUGGCCUCCAUGAGAAUACAUUAUUGGUUGUGAUGGGUGAUCAUGGUCAAACAUUGAAUGGCGACCAUGGUGGCGGAAGCCCAGAGGAGGUUGAAACAUCAAUAUUUGCGAAAAGUUUUAAGAAUGUCACUUUUUCAUUACCGCCUGAGCUUGAUUCUGUAUCUUGUGGAUUAAAUGCGGAUGGAAAGCAACUAUGCAUUGGCACCAUUGAGCAGCUUGAUUUUGCAGCAACCAUGUCAGCAAUGCUUGGUGUUCCUUUUCCUUUUGGAAGCAUUGGGCGCAUAAAUCCACAACUAUAUUCUCUUGGUGCUGGCAGUUUUCUUUCUCAAGGUGUUCAGUUGGAAGUUCAUGAAAAUUACUCAAACCUUAUGAGAUGGAUGCAGCAUUAUGUCAAUGGCCUUUGCAUCAACGCUUGGCAGGUGAAGAGAUAUAUUGAUGUAUACUCUGCUUCAUCAGUCAUUGGAUUUCCCUCCGAAGACUUGAUGCAUGUGGCAGACAUGUAUUCUCAAGCACAGGAGAACUGGUUGCAAGUCGUGAAAGGUUCAAUGUCCUACAUGAAUGAAAGUUGUCCUUCAUCAUUAUCUGCACUAAAAAGGCAGAUUGACAUGUAUGUACAAUUUCUUGACAGUGUCGUUGGGCUUGCUCGCUCCAAAUGGACGGAAUUUAAUCUGAAGCUCAUGGUGGUUGGCUUGAGCAUUCUAUUUUUGUCACUUCUUGUACAAGUAGUUGCUAUCAAGAGAGUGGACAAGUUUUAUGAGUCUUCUCUGUCUGCUAGAUGUCCUCAGCUAUCUGUUGGUUUAGUUUUUUCCAUUUUUGCAGUAAUUAUUAGAGCAAGCAGUUUCCUUUCAAAUAGUUAUAUAUUGGAAGAAGGAAAAGUUGCGAUAUUUUUCUUGGGCACAUCAGUCAUCCUCGUGUUGCGUUAUUCAUUUAAGAAGGCAAAGAUGCUAUUAGAAGCAGCUUUAUUAUUACUGCUGGUUACUGCACUAAGAUUUAUUAUGGAAUUGGGACUAUCAAAGCAGGCGGCUAAUCUGUCAAGUGUUGCAUCAAUGAUUGGGAUUGCUGAGGAUCACCCUUUUUGGAUCUUUCUAUCUUUAAGUGUGCCUGUACUAGCUCUAUUUUUAUUAGCAUGCCUGUUGCUCAAGUACCUUCGCAACAACCCUUGUCAGAGGGUCCAAAAGUAUGUAAUAUUGGGAACCAUCUUGUGUUAUGCGCUCAUAGCAUCACACUGGAUUCUGGAUAGUGAACUUCUAUGUAUUCCUGCUACGCUCCACUACAUUGGAAGAAGUUACAUUCCUCGAGUAAUAUAUGUUGUUGGGAUUGCCCAAUUGGUGGUGUUACUGACAACUCAGCUGUUGAUUAGAAAGAGAACCUUACACCAUCAAAAUGACCUUACUAGUAGGAUAAUUGCCAUGUUAACUGCGUGGAGUUCUGCUAUCAUACUAUUGUCAGGGAAACAAGGCUCUGUUGUUGCUCUAGCAACUGUCGGUGCAGCAUGUUGCAUUGUGAGAUUGCAGAGCUUGUCGCCAGUUGCUACAAAUGACACAUCAAGCAAUGUUUCUUUCUAUUCUCUUCCUACUACUCAGUGGAGUCUUCUUGCAGUUGCUCUCUUUUUCUGCAGUGGUCACUGGUGUGCGUUUGAUGGCCUUCGAUAUGGUGCUGCAUUUGUAGGAUUUGAUGAGUUCAUGCUUUUUAGACAAGCAGUUCUUCUAGCUAUUGACACGUUUGGCUUCUCUCACGUUCUACCAAUUUUUGGUCUUGCCAUUUUGGUUUCUCAAAGACAUUCAAAUGAUCAGAAAAGGCAAAGCAAACUCUCCUUGAGUGUGCAAUUAUCUCAGGUAUAUUUGAUGUAUGGAUGCAUCAUCACCAGUGCAGUUGCCUUUAUGGUAUUAUGUGUUACAAUACAAAGGCGGCAUCUGAUGGUAUGGGGAUUAUUUGCCCCAAAAUAUGUUUUUGACGUGGUGGGUCUUAUCCUGACAGACGUCCUUAUUUGUCUGGGAUCGCUGUACUAUAUUGACUCUGUAGAAGACGACUUCAAGCAAAACUGAGUUUCUCUAAAGAAAAUGGCUAUCUACAGAACAUAUUCUUUGGAGAACAAGAGAGUGCAAGGUGAUGGGCCUCAUUCCAAGUUCUAGCCAGCGAAUCAGCAAGGUGGUUUGCUCCUCUUCCGUCGUGUCAAAUGCUAGUUCCUGAUAGCCCUUGGAGUAAUACCCUGCAAUCAUUAGAUAUUUGAGAUAAAUGGCCAUUGAUUCCCUCAUGGUUGGAAAUUGCUUCGUAAUUUAGUUAUCAUACUGCAACUAGUCAAUGUUUUUUGCACCCACUCUAGAGCCAUUAAAGAUUGCUCUUAGUUCAACUUUGCUAGCGUCUAAGGGACGCACAUUGUAAGCCCUCAAUCCAAGUACCUGUAUGGUCUCUACAGAGCUUUUAAUUUCCACGUACAAAGUUUGUUUGA